AAUACCAGCCUAACCACCACUGCUUCCCUCACUACAAGUUUCGAAAUCACCCCUUCUAUUGGAACAAAUGUCAACACGCUUGCCACUACAAAUACGAGCCUAAUCACCACUGCAUCCCUCACUAAAAGUUUUGAAUUCGGCACUUCUGUUGGAACAAAUGUCAACAUGACUGCCACUACCAAUACCAGCCUAACCACCACUGCAUCCCCCACUACAAGUUUUGAAAUCAGCACUCCUAUUGGGACAAAUGUCAACACGACUACCAAUGCCCUCCUUACCACCACUGCUUCUCCCUCUACAAGUAUCAAAAUUACCACUUCAUUUGAAAACAUGUCCAGUGUCACUGUCAACCCAUGUCAUGGUGUAGACAGUCAAGCAAUUGAGACUACGCUCUUGUAUGGAAAUGCUUCUGCAGUACUGUGCAACUUCAGCAUCACUGAAUAUGCCUGUUCAUCAGUUGCUGUUCUGUCCACUGAUGAUCUAGCCAAAGUGCUAACAUGUAAACUGACAGGCAGCAUAAAGUACCCUCAAGAAGUUUGGAAACUUUUCUUCCACAAUUUCCCUGCACCUUUGGAUGAAGCCCUGGACAAGGUUUACAAUGUGACCCUCAGCAGUGUUGAGGCUGACCCAAGUAUACUUAAUGCUAUCGGGGAGGUGAUAAUCAAUGAAUUCACCGCAACACAGCUGAAGAAUGCCACUUUUGUCAACAAGUGGUUCCAGAUGAAGCUCAGGCCCUUUUUGUCAUCAGUGUCCAUAGACUUUCUUUCUAGCCUCAGUUCCAAGAAGUUCAGCUGUGAGACCUACCAAAUUGUGGUGAAGGCUCUUAGUAGUCAAGAGUCACUCAUGAAGGUGGAACAAAAGCAGUCUGUCGUUACUUCUUUCAUCUUUCCCUUUCUCUCAAGAGCUGACCUGCCAGAUCCUGGCUGUGUUUCCAACACUUACGGCAGCAAUAACUGGCUUGAAAAGAACCUUGGCAAAUUCUCCAAUUAUGCCCCCUUGGAUCAGAUUAAAAUUCUAAAUGCAAAUUUCUCCAGUGUUGCAGUGUUAGGCUUACUGUCCAGUGAGCAGAAGGCACAGUUCAUCUUGCAGCCAGAUUCAGGAGUGUUGGGAAAUGACUCUGUGUUUAGAGAGGUGUUUAGCAGUGUGAUCACAUCUUUAGGUCGGAAUCAACUUGGCAGCUUCUUCACAGUCUUCCACCAGACUGCAAUACAAAUGAACAUGACUAGCAUUCCUUCAGCAAUAUCACACACCAUUCUGAACAUGACACUCUUGGAUCUGGUGCCUCACUUCCAAAGUUUCAGCCCAGGGGACUUUGCCCUGUGGUUCCAGACUUACCUUUCCUUCUUCCUUUCUGGGAUUGGUCCAAACACCCUGUCGAUCAUCCCCAUGAACAUCAGCUGUGACUCCUACAGAGAGAUGUGAGCUCCUCCUCAACAU